AGCAAAAGCUGGCUGUUGCUGUCUACCUUCUGCAAACCCAAGUGUGCUUUCGGAGGGGCAGGACGGAGCACUGUUAUUAACUGACAUUGUCAAGGAAAGCCACUCACUUUCUAUUUUUUUUUUUGCUGUGCUUUUUUUUCCACAGCUGCAGCAGUCUCUUGAUGGGGAAGCUGAUCUCCAAAGGCUGGCGGAAAAGAGAUGCUCGAGUUAUCAUGCUGGGGCUUGACUUCGCUGGCAAAUCCACCCUUCUGUACAAACUGAAGUGUGGCCAGGCUGUGGAGACCUGCCCGACUGUGGGAUUCAACGUGGAGUCUCUGCAAACACCCUGUGGCAUAUCCUUCACCCUCUGGGAUGUUGGUGGACAAGACAGCCUGCGGGCCAGCUGGCCUAACUACCUGGAAGACAUCAACACCCUCAUCUUCGUGCUUGACAGCACAGACAUGGCCCGGCUGGCUGAAGCAUUGGCAGCUCUGGAGGGAGCCCUGAGCCACCCCAGCAUGGCUGGCAUCCCUGUGCUCCUUCUGGCCAACAAGCAGGAGGUGCCAGGAGCGCUGGCUCCUGCUGAGCUGGGGGAGAUGCUGCRGCUGGGGGGGCUGGCAGGGCGCCGCUGGAUGCUCCGGGGGUGCAGUGCCCACACUGGCCAGGGGCUACAAGAAGUUCUGGCCAUCCUGGGAAUGCUGCUGCGGGGCUCAGAGCAAAGCUCCCUAUUCCAGGAGCAGCYGCUCACAGGGCUGGCCGAGACGAGGGAAGCUCCAGAGCAAACCUGAACCUCAAAUGGACCCUUUCCACUCACCACUGCCUGCAGGCUUGUCACAGAGGAUCCCCACCUCCAGGCGCCCCCUGCAAUGAGCAGAGCUGCAUCUGGCACACACUGGGAAACGUGCAGCUCCUCACCACCAAAACACACCAGGAGGAUCUCUGAGCAGAGCUCCCAUCUUGGAGCAGUUUUGGCUGCAUCUCUUGGACUCUCAUCACUGGCUGCAGUUUGUCCCACUGUAACUAUGUUCCACUCAUCCACUGCACUUCUGUGUCCACAGGUUCAGCAGGGAUGCUUUUGGACAUUUAUGAGUUUUAACUGAGAUGUGUGUAAGGGACAGAAGUUUUCUUCAUUCUGCAGCUCCUAGCCCAGGUGUAUCUAUCCUGAUGGGGUGAUCCCCACAUGGAGRGAGCUUGGAUGUGACUCAUGCUGCCUCUCUUUCAGCACAAAUCACAUGCUCCUUGGUGGAAAGCAGRAAAACACAAAAAGGAAUGGCUGAACAGGAGCAGUGUAAGCUCAGGACUUCGAAUGGCCAAGCAGCUAGUUGAUUUUAGUGUGGCUUCUACAAGUAUUAUCUUCAAGCCGGGACUUGAUGGUGUAAUUCAUUUUGAUGAUAUGUGUAUAUUAAUUUAUGCAUUUCUUGUAAUUGUUCUUUCUUUUUUCRUUCAUAAUUUUUAUCAAAUACUGGAUUAUGUUUAAACAGUAAGAAAUCAGACCUGACUUUUAGAUGCUUGGAAAUAUGUCUGCAUGGCCUCUAAAUAUCCUCAGGGUGGCCUGAACAGCCAAGACAAAGCCCCAUCUCUCAGACUUUUGGAACUGCACGAGACCACUCCACAUGCAAUGGCUGGUAGCCACGRGCACCUAUAGGCACAAGCAGGUUGGUGACCAAAGGUCUCUCCACACUCAGCUGYGUCCAGGGCAAACAAAAAUGCCCCUGACAGCUCAUGACAGGACCAGAUCCCAUGUGGCAAUGAUGGUCUUUGUCCAAUCCUGCUCAACCUACCUUUGGAAACACCUGUAAAAUGUGUGCCUGAGGGUUUCCUGUAUACAAGAUUCUGUUAUCCAAGGUUAAAAUUAAAAUAUUUCAUAGUAGUCCCUUCUUUAUUAUGAAAUGAAUGGGGGAAGGGGAGAAAUAGGAUACAAGAAUUUCUAUUUCUCUAUUUUCCAUUUCUGUUUCUAUUCAGAAAUCAGCUGCUUUCUAGGAGCAGCAUAUUCAGUCUAGAUACACCAAGAAGAAAUACAUGGUAAAAUCCUCUUCUGUUUAUACUAGAGCAUUUUACAGUUGUUAAGGAAUUAAUUGUCCAGCUGUUAUUAGCCACACUUCAUAGAAGGCAGCAGCUGGAAUAGAGAGCUGAACAAUCACAAAGAAACAGAGUCAGACAUUUAUAGGAAGGUCCCAGUUAAAGAAUCCUUCCCCACUGUUUUAGCUGCAUUCAUGUAGGCCUACGGUGUGCUAUAAAACAGUGCUGCAGUGUCAGUGUGGACUAAGCCAUCACGGUUAUGAGUGCAUUUAAACAGCACUGAAUCAUAGAAUUAAUUAUGUGACAGACCUGUGUGCAUGUUAAGGAAGACAAAAUCAGGUCUUYAAAUCUUUGCAGGUGAUAUAAGCUGGUUGAUCCACUUCCAGCUUCUUCUGGGUGGUCAUUGUUUGCCUCUAACAUGCAAGGCUACAACACACCUGUUGGCCACUUCUAACACAAGUUCUAGAGGCACAACACAAAGUGCUUUGUGUUGCAUUGCCAUGCCACAAAAAAUUGUCCUUGUUGAGCU